GUACUAAAGGCAAGGGAGACACAGUCCAGACACUUUGAGCUGAGCUUUAUCUUCAAGUCCGUGUUCAGCAGCUCAGCAACAGAGAGCAGUCGCUGGGAAAUAUUACAGAGGACUUCUACAGCACCUGACCAAUACAACUACAACCUCCCUCUGCUUAAAAGAUAAAGAGAAGAGAAAGCUCUCAGAGAAAUGAAUUGCCUGUGGUUCCUAUCUCUUCUUGCUUACGGGCUUACAAUACUAGAGGUGGUGAAUUGUUGGACAUACCAUUAUUCAGACACAAACAUGACCUACAAAGAGGCAGAGUUAUGGUGCAAAAAGAGGUAUACUAACAUGGUUGCCAUUCAAAACAAGGAUGAAAUCAACUAUCUUAAUGACUUCUUACCCUUCAAUCCGGGUUACUACUGGAUUGGAAUCAGAAAAAUUAAUGGUACGUGGACCUGGGUUGGAACAAACAAAGAACUGACAGAUGAAGCAGAAAAUUGGGCUUCAGGUGAACCAAAUGGCAAAGGGAACAACGAGGACUGUGUUGAAAUCUACAUCAAAAGAGGGAAGGAUGACGGCAAAUGGAAUGAUGAGAAGUGUGAAAAAAAAAAGGUUGCCUUGUGCUAUACAGCUUCUUGCAACCCAUCUUUCUGCAGUGGCCGUGGAGAAUGCAUAGAGACUAUUAACAAUCACACCUGCCAGUGUAACCCUGGAUUCUAUGGGCCAGAUUGUGAAUUUGUUAAGACUUGUGAUCCACUAAAGAAACCUGAUCACGGCAGCCUUGAGUGCAACCAUCCAUUGGAGGACUUCGGCUAUAACUCCUCAUGCACAGCUCAGUGUGAAGAAGGCUAUGAGCUGAAUGGACUGGAGUCAGUAUACUGUAUGUCUUCUGGAAACUGGUCUGACACACUUGCAUCAUGCAAAGCUGUGACCUGCCCUGCUUUAGAAAUGCCCGCUCAUGGCUCUCUCAACUGCUCCCAUCCCUCUGGGGAGCUUCCCUGGGGUACCACCUGUGAGUUCACCUGUGAGGAAGGAUUUGCUCUGACAGGACCAUCCACUCUGCAGUGCGGAUCUUCUGGGGCCUGGGACAAGCAGCAGCCAUCCUGUGCAGCUGUGAGGUGUGAGGCUGUAACCUGGCCAGAAGAAGGUUCUGUGAGCUGUGCUUCUGCAGAUCUCACCUAUGGUUCACACUGUGAUUUCCGUUGUCGAGAAGGCUACGUUUUGGAGGGCCCAUCCAGCAUUAAGUGCAUGGCACAGGGACAGUGGUCAGAGCCAUUCCCAAAAUGCAAAGCUGUGACCUGCCCUGCUUUAGAAAUGCCCGCUCAUGGCUCUCUCAACUGCUCCCAUCCCUCUGGGGAGCUUCCCUGGGGUACCACCUGUGAGUUCACCUGUGAGGAAGGAUUUGCUCUGACAGGACCAUCCACUCUGCAGUGUGGAUCUUCUGGGGCCUGGGACAAGCAGCAGCCAUCCUGUGCAGCUGUGAGGUGUGAGGCUGUAACCUGGCCAGAAGAAGGUUCUGUGAGCUGUGCUUCUGCAGAUCUCACCUAUGGUUCACACUGUGAUUUCCGUUGUCGAGGAGGCUAUGUUUUGGAAGGCCCAUCCAGCAUUAAGUGCAUGGCACAGGGACAGUGGUCAGAGCCAUUCCCAAAAUGCAAAGUUGUACAGUGUGAACCACUGAAGUCUCCUGAGAAAGGCUCCAUGGAUUGCAUACAUGGUGCUGGGAACUUCACAUACAACACAGCCUGCCACUUCAGCUGCCUAGAAGGAUGGAAUCUCAGUGGAUCUCAUGUUCUUGAGUGCAGUCAUUCAGGAAACUGGAGUGCCAGUCUGCCCACAUGUGAAGCUUCUCAACAAGUUGGCUAUGUCACUGUGGGCAUAGCAGCCACCACUACCUCUCUGCUUGCCACAGCAUCAUUCCUCUUUUGGCUUGCAAAGCGGUUACGAAGCAAAGUAAAGAAAUUCACUCCUGCCAGCAGCUGUCAGCACCUCACUACUGAAAGCCAGAAUGUCUAGCUCCAGGUGUUUCAGGAAUUGAAGCCAUCUUUGCUCAUGUCUCAGAGAUUUUCAGGAAAUGAAACUCCAUGCAGAUCAGCAGCUGACCAGAUGUUUUUACCUCUUGAUGACAAGAUGAUUCACCUUGUGUAUUGCUCAAAUUUUGAACUCAAGCUGUCUGGUAUUUCCAUAGAAGACUAACAAGCAGAGAGCAAAACUCUGGCCUUCUGGCAAAACGCUGUCUACAUUCAGUCAUGUAGUUAUCAUAACUGGGAGCUUGCCAUGUCUUGUCCAGAUGGUGAGCAAAUAGUAAGCUGCUGGCUAAGGAGGAGGCUGGUUUCUCCUCUGGUCUACUAGGUGAGGUACCUGGGUGAGGUGAAGACAUGCAUUAUUUCACAUCACUUACUACACUGCUGGAGAUGUCUCCUCUGGAGACAUAUGGGUUAUGUUGGCAGAAACAAAAUAAUUGGGGUUAAAAACAUUCUCAAUUGCUUUGAAGCCAUUGAUCUGGCUUAUUGUUGAAGCCAUUUUAUUUUAAGAUGUUCCCAUAUGCCUGAAGUGACAUAGGCAAUUAUCUGGGUUUCUGCUGCAUGUUCCAGAAAGCCUUUGGACUUUACUUUUUGUUGAUGGCACUGGGAAUGAUAGUGCUUGUACUAGGUACUCUGGUUUCUGAAUGCAGCAAGUAGGUGGGAAGUUCUCAUCCCCAUGGGAUUGUGCACUGUAAUACAGAUGUGUGGAUGUAAAUAUUUAAUUUGCUGUGUAAUUUUUACCGAGGGAUUUCUGUGCUGUUAAUGGCAACUAUAUUUAAGACACCUGAUCCUGAUCUGGGCCCAGAACAUUUUAAAAUGAGUCAGAAAUAUGCAGGCAUGUAAUCUUAUGAACAUAAUUUACAGAUAAAAUAGAAGCCUCAGAUUUUUAUAUAUGUUGCAUGUAUGAACUAUUGUGCUGUUAAAGGACAUUAAAGGACUUCAAAUGAGAGUCUUAAGUUAUGUGUAAGUUAUAAAUUAAUCAACUCUGCUAGACUUAGAAUCUGAUGUGUACUGUUCUAUUUGUAGCAGUAUUUAAUAAAAAGUUUUAAAGAGAAUGCUCCCUU